AGUGACGCCAAGGGAACGCCGAGGACGGCACAAUGAAUGAGCCCCGUGCCGGUGGAGAGCCCGGCCGUGGAACUCCCGGCUCCGGGAUGCUGAUCGAUGCUGGCGAUGGAAGGGCGGCCGAUCGAAGGGCCAGCUCGGUCGGUAGCUACGAUUCCGACGGCGACGAAACACCCGGACCGAGCACCGCCUCGGGAACGACAAAGGAUUCGACCGACAACGGCUCGUCAAGAAAUGGCCGCGAAGCGCGCAACCGAGCGGAAAAGAACCGGCGUGACAAGCUUAAUGGAUCGAUACAGGAACUGUCGGCGAUGGUGCCGCACGUUGCCGAGUCCCCGCGGCGCGUUGACAAAACGGCCGUCCUGCGGUUCUCGGCCCACGGACUGCGAAUAGAUUAUGUGUUUGGCAAAUCCAAGCCGGAACCAACGGUAAAACCGGAGGCCCAGGAUUCGCUGUUUCGAAUGCUGAACGGAUUUCUGCUGACGGUGACGUGUCGGGGUCAGAUCGUACUGGUGUCGGCGUCGGUCGAGCAGUUUCUCGGACACUGUCAGACGGACCUGUACGGACAGAAUCUGUUCAGCAUAACUCACCCGGACGAUCACGGGCUGCUCAAGCAGCAACUGGUCCCGUCCAAUCUGGUGUAUGAUGUCGCACCGGGAACUAGUAGUAGCGUUGGGUUGCUCAACCCGGUGGAAGCUGGCAGUGGGUGCGGUGGCUCCGCACCGGACACCGAGUCACGGUCAGCGCGAUCUCACGACAACGACGACGACGAUAUCGAUCGGAGGCUGCAGCAGGACAAGCGACGGUUCUCCAUCCGGAUGGCUCGGGCAGGACCCCGGUCCGAGGCCACAACCUACGAGCUCGUCACCAUCGAUGGGUGCUUCCGGCGGGCCGAUUCGGCCCCGCGAGACACCAGCGGCGGCAAGCACGGUGGUGGCGGUGCGUCUGCUAUGCAGAUGAUACGGCGAGCCCGCAGCCGGGACGACGCUAUGCCAUUGCACAGCAUCAACGGGAAUGAUAUUGUUCUAAUAGGCAUCGCGCGUGUAAUGAAGGUGCCAUCCAUCUGUGAUCGUUUGAUUGAGGCUUGCAAGUAUGAGUACAAAACGCGCCAUCUGAUCGACGGCCGGAUCGUCCAAUGCGACCAGCGGAUCUCGAUCGUCGCCGGCUACCUAACCGACGAGGUGUCCGGCGUGUCCCCAUUCACCUUCAUGCACCGGGACGACGUCCGUUGGGUGAUUGUAGCCUUGCGUCAAAUGUACGACUACAACCAGAACGGAGAGUCGUGCUACCGCCUGAUGUCACGCACCGGGGACUUUAUCUAUCUGAAAACCCGCGGCUACCUCGAGGUGGACAGCGAUACCAAAGUGGUGCAGUCGUUCGUCUGCAUCAACACACUCGUGUCGGACGAGGAAGGUCAGCGGAUGGUGCGCGAGAUGAAGCGCAAGUUUUCCGUCAUCGUCGCCGGAGCUGACGAGCUCCCGGACGAGAGUGGCGAGCCGGCGGUGGAAAACGCGAAGCAGAUCGAGGAAGCGGUCUUCAAUCUGAUCACCGACCUGCAGCCGGACAGCGAGGACAAGCUACUGAUGACGAUGCCGGCCUCACCCGCCAACAGUUGCAAAUCGGGAGUUUUCGGUGACGGCACCAGCGGUCAGCUGGCGAUAGUGGCACCCGAGAAAAGCUCCGUCAAGUCGGCGAUCGUGAGGAGCAUCAACGUGGUGUCGAUUGCGGCGAAAACGAUGCGCGAAUCGCACCGCUCAUCGGCGACCGCCGGCCAUGAGUGGUCCCCGAUGAGUGGCGAUCAGCAGUGCAGUAACGGAAGUAGCAGUAGUAGCAGUAGCGGCGGUGGUACAAGCACCAGCAUGGGUAGUCCUAUGCCGCACCGAACGGUCAUUUCACCAUCGCCUCCGGUUCUGUCGCCAAACGGUGCACCCGGUCAACGGGCGACUGUUUUACAGAAAGGUGAUCGGCCGCAGCAGAUGGGUUCGCCGGGGCCGGAGCAACGAGUGCCACCGUUACCCACCUCGGAACACUACUUCACGCAGCCGUUCUCGCCGUCAGCCGGGGCGGCCGGUGGCGCUGCGGUCCCUUUGCCCGUGCUUUCUCCCGCCUCAUCGUUGCACAGUCAGCGAAGUAAUGCUCACAGUCCGUUUAGUAGCGUUCCUUCGCCACCCACCUUCAGUUCGGGGUCGGUUCGAACGACGAGCGUACUGAAGCGUACCUACAGCAACAGCAGCAUCAACAGUCUUCAUUCUUCCGAAAACUUUGGCGAACUGGGUGAGGUCGGUGGCGGAGACAACAGCAAGCGAAGCAAGCCGAACGCGGGUUCGUCGGAGUUGGGCGCUUGCUACAACGAUCUAAUCAAUCCCGCCACAGAUCUGUCUUCUCUUCUACCAAACUCGUUCGAUGCACUCGACCAAUCGCUGCUAACGAUGGAAUCGACGACGGCCAUUAUACGGGAGCAAGUGGGCAACUACUCGACCCUCCACGAAUCGCAUGAUCAGCGCUUGGAAAGGAUCGUGGAAGAACAGCAGGAACAACGGGAGAUGCUACAGUCAAUUCAGCAGGAAUAUCACUUUCAAAUUCAAACCAAUGGAACCGUCGGUGGUGCGCGAGCCACUUCCGACGCUGGAACAACUCCACAGCGGACCACAGCGGGCCCAACGUCGAUGAUGCCCUCCGUCAUAACGUCCAGUGCCGUUCGGCCAACGUACAAUGGUAGUGGUCCGGCUGGUCCGAACCUAGAGCCGGGAAGUUAAUACCUGCCCCGGGAAGCGUGAAGUACAGCAGGCACACUCUUUGCCAGACUUCCUCGAUCGACCCGUCCGCAGCCCGAUGAUAUUCGACGGCGUAGCUCGCGAUCGUUGCGCCGUUGAACAGCCCGUUCCUGGACAGUCACACCGCAACAUAACGUUAAGUGCAUAAACGUGUUUCUUAAAACGUCACUGCAAGAAUCAGUGUCAACGAAGCCCAUCUACUGUGGAGGUUUAUGGUUAGAGUAACAGUUUUCGGGUCACUUUACGGAGCAGGCGAUAAAUGUUCACCACACCACUCACUGUUGUUCGGGAGGGCGGGAAGGUUCAUCCACUCACUCAGCCACUGGUCAAGGAGUAGUUCUCGACGGGGCACCCGGAGGCGAUAGGCCACCGAUGGGCGACGUACAUGUCUAAACGCAAGUUCGGAAGUGAUUAUCGAAAGUAUUCUCUUACGUUUUAGUGCAAUAUUUGUUUCCCUGGCAGUCCCCACGCAGCAGUCCUGUGUGCGGAAUGUCCGGACAUUGACCGACGGGGAGAAUAAAAGAGAGAGAGAGAGAGCGAGGGAAAGUGAGAGAAUACAGGAACAGGUUUCAAUGUUUCUCGUACAUCAGAUGAACAGCAAUGGAAAUGAAUUCGAUAGUUAGCAUGGGAUUUCGUUUUCGAUCACCGAAAGAUGAACCGAUCUUUCGAACGCUUUCCGACUGCGCACACUUUUGCAGCCAAACAACCAAACCAUUAACCAACCAUGGUCGAGAUCGUGUUACGCGCGAAAGUGUUUACGUGCUUCGGUUCUAUUUGUACUAAAGUUUCAAACUACCGAUGCGUGGUGGUAAUUUUGUUUUACUUUGUUUAUAGAUUGUAAAUGUUUCCAACCAGACACCGGUAAGCGGGUUAGCGGCACCGGCAAGUUGCACAGAUUUGCCGCCCAACCUGGGGGCAAAGCUGUCUGUCGAAAACGGAUUUGUUAACGGAUACGUGUACGUGUUUAACCAUUUUAAAGAUUUGUUUUACUUUUCGUUAAGAAAAAAACUGUUAAGUAGACUAAUUCUCCCCAACGCUUAUGGGGAGCAGCAAGAGAGUUGGGUAGGGCAGAUAGCUGGUGUUAGCGCUUGGGACAGCAACAUGGGACGCAGAAUGGCGCAGACCAAUUAAGGCACACAAAGAUGGAAAACAAAAGUUACUGAUAUUGUAAGGUUUACUUAGUAAAAGCGAAAGAAAGCGAGAGACACUGGGCGAGAGAAUGUUAUUUUGUGGUUCAUGCGUGUAUGUUCUGUGUGUUGAAUAGGAUGUGAAAGGUUUUAUAGGAAAAGCAAAAGUCGCCGAAGCCGAAACAGGUGGCACACACACCUCCCUUUUUGAACCGCGGGUCAAUUCCAAGCAGGAAAACAAAGAUAGUGUUUAGUGAAUCUUUUUCAUAAAUAGUAAAAAUAGGCAAAACUGAACACGAAUCAAACACACAAAAACGGAACCAACAUAAAAACGAAUCAGUUAACUAUAGUAAACGAUAUUUAUUGCAAAUUUUCCGUUCAAAGCAACAAAGAAUGGUUUAGAGACGAGUAGAAAACUGUAGGGGAGCGCAAGAUAUAAUGAUUUCACGAUAUUCUUUAUCAAAAACCAGACACACCACAACACCGGAGGCGAGCCACCUUCUUCGAGCUUUUUCAAGCGAGGGGAAAGUUUCCGCUGUCCGUCGAUUGUGAUUGCUUUUGGGCCACCAUAAGUUGCAAUGUUAGGUUAUAAAACAAAAAAACACACUAAAUCAGUUCUAUUGAUUAUGUCCCAAAAUAAAAACACCAAGCACCUCUUACGUUAGGUGGUUCGACAAUGUUUAUUUCGGGACUAGUUCUCCCGUUUUCGUCUUGUCCACUCACUCAGCCCAACCACGGUUGCCAAAGCAGGACGACGAACAAUAACAACGAAAACAUAGCCUGAGCACAGAGUGAAGGGCUUUAAGUUGUAAACUCUCACGUUAAAUCCAUUUUCUUCCCACCACGUAACGCUCCGGUGUAAUAGUGUCGCAAAUCUUGUCAACCAAUAAAAACAAACAAA